CACCCACCGGUGCCAGGGUGCGCUAGUUGCCACCGCGGCCGGAAUGCGGGUGGCCCGGGCGGGAAGCGCCGGACGAGCCCACUGCGCGGCCGCCGUGGGGGAAGCAAGGGUUCCCAAUUCCACCUCCCCGCCUAAGUGAAGGAGCUGCAGUGCCAAGAUGAGCGGAGAGGAGAACCCUGCCAGUAAGCCCACGCCGGUGCAGGACGUGCAGGGCGACGGGCGCUGGAUGUCCCUGCACCAUCGGUUCGUGGCCGACAGCAAAGAUAAGGAACCCGAAGUCGUCUUCAUCGGGGACUCCUUGGUCCAGCUAAUGCACCAGUGUGAGAUAUGGCGGGAGCUCUUUUCUCCUCUGCAUGCACUUAACUUCGGCAUUGGUAGUGACAGCACACAGCAUGUGCUGUGGCGGCUAGAGAAUGGAGAGCUGGAACACAUCCGGCCCAAGAUUGUGGUAGUCUGGGUGGGUACCAACAACCAUGGGCACACAGCAGAGCAGGUGACUGGCGGCAUCAAGGCUAUCGUACAACUGGUGAACCAGCGGCAGCCCCAGGCCCGAGUCGUGGUGCUGCUGGGGACUUCAUGGUGGGGAGUUGAGAAUGGUUUGGUACGAAGAACAGGAUACCAAGAUGCUGGUAGGAUGUCUCCUAACAACCCUUGGUACCCUUCCUCAGGGCCUGCUUCCAAGGGGCCAGCACCCUAAUCCACUUCGUGAGAAAAACCGACAGGUGAAUGAGCUAGUACGGGCAGCAUUGGCUGGCCACCCACGGGCCCACUUCCUGGAUGCUGACCCUGGCUUUGUGCACUCAGAUGGUACCAUAAGCCACCAUGACAUGUAUGAUUAUCUCCAUCUGAGCCGCCUGGGCUACACACCUGUCUGCCGUGCCCUGCACUCCCUGCUUCUGCG